AUGAGCUCCCGAGAAAACGACCCGGGCGCAUUAUCUGUCGCCGCAAGUGAGCUCGUCGAGUCUCUCAACGCCCUGACCAGUCAGAUUUAUGAGACCUCCAAGGACUACAAGGACCCCUCGGGGCAACAAGGUCUGCUGCUUCGUCAACGAAUGACCAAUGCGGCCCGGCAGAUCAUCAACGUCGUCCGGGAGCCUGGUGAGACGCCAUAUGAAUUCUCGACACACAUGGCCGAGAUGGGGGCGAUUCGGAUGUUUAUGAAGAUGAAAGCAUUUGACAAGAUUCCGCUGGAAGGAAGCAUUUCCUACGAGGAUUUGGCGGCCAGUCUCGGUGCUGAGGUGCCGCUCGUCAUCUCGUUGUCUCAACACGUUACAGGUUUCCUCCAUCAAAUCGGGGAGGACCGUGUCGCACAUUCCAGGCUUUCAAAGCUCUAUGUCUCUGGAAACGCCCAGGGGGUCUUUUUCCAGAUCAUGUUCGAUGAAGCCAUGGUCCCAUGGGCCCAGUGGCCGCAAUUCUUCGCCAAGUACGGUCUGAAAGAACCAAAGUUAGGGAAUCACAAUCCCCAUUCGUUUGCUUGGGGCGACCCGGACAAGAAUUUCUGGGAGGUCAUCAGCAAGGAACCGGAACGUCUGGUCGAUUUUAAUCAGAGCAUGAAUACACUCGAUGAGGUGCUGCCGGUGACGGGCAUGUACGAUUUCAGCUGGAUUGCGAAGAACACGGAAGGUCCCAACGACAGACCGUUGAUUGUUGAUGUUGGCGGUGGCAAAGGCCAGGCCCUCAAGCGCAUCAUGGCUGCGUUUCCUGAGAUCCCUGCCGAGAGAUUGGUGUUGCAGGACCGGGCACCGGUCAUUGAGGAAGUCAUUCAGGCUAACGAACCCGGUUUUGAAGAGGUCAAGAAGAUUCCACAUGAUUUCUUCCAGCCAAACCCUGUCAAAGGCGAGUUCUAUCUACCCUUCUCUUCCCUUCUCACUUCGAGUUCCCCUCCGCGAGUCUAA